AUGGUGCAAUGGAUGACUGUAUCGCAGAAGUUUGACCUCAUUCAGAAGCAUCGACAGAAUCCUUCGUUACCCACACGCAAACUUGCGCUAUGGGCUCAUGAGACAUUUAAUUUACCGACUGUUCCUACUGUAGCAACCGUCUCACGUGUCUUAAAAUCCGCCAAGGAUAUUGAAGAUAAACAGCGUCAUGGUAUCACACGAAAAGGCCACGGUGUCUCCUGUCCUGAGCUCGACAUGGCGCUUAGACUUUACGUGGAAAAUUGUGCACAAAAUCACGUUCAUUUGACUCGUCGAAUUUUAGUGGAGAAAGCGCGCGAAAUUCUUGAAACGAUUCCGAACGCACCAGUGCUGAGUCUAUCAGCUGGUUGGCUCACGAGCUUCAUACGACGCCAUGGAAUGGGAUUGCGACCGCGUUCUAUGCAGACAGAUGGACUGGGUGGAGAUACUGGGAUUCAGAAUGAGAUAUUGAUGUCCACAAGGGCUCAAAACGCUGCUUUGUCGCGGUCGAUUGGACGCAAAAGUCGGAUCGGUACUUCGAAACGUGCGCGUCCGACACAAUUAGGACUCAGUGCAACGCCGAUCUCCACAUUGACAAAUGAAUUGCCCUUUCCAGUUUAUACAGGACCGAAUAGAACGGUUCUCAUCACUGGCGCUGACAAUAAAACUGGAGUGGCGUUUGUACGAUUCUACAUACAAGAAGGUUGGAAUGUCAUUGCUGCAUGUCCUGAAGGCGAUAAAUGUGUGAAAUUGACGCAAUUAUCGCCAGCAAGAAUUAUAGCUAUGGAUCCAGGUGAUCAUGAGUCGGUAGUGAAAGGUGCGGAGAUGGUAAAAGACGUCCCAAUUGAUUUAUUAAUUAACAAUGCCCGACUUUUCAUCAAAGGAUACCUACAUUCAUCGACGCCAGAAGAUUGUAUUCGUCAGUACCAAGUGAAUGCAUUAGGACCAUUUCUUGUAGCACGUGCAUUGCUCCAGAAUCUACGACUUGGCGUGCGUAAUCGUGGUAUGGCAUUUGUAGUAAAUAUCUCAUCACGAGUUGGCAGCAUUCGAGAUAACGUGACUGGAGGCUCCUACGGCUUUCGAGCUUCCAUCACUGCACUUCACAUGUUUACAAAAACGUUGGUUGCUGACUUUUUACCGCACAAGAUUGGCUGCGUAUUAUUACAUUCGGGUGUUGACGAUAAACCUGUCGAACUGCCGAGAUCGGCUGAUGUGUGGCCUGAAGAAAGUGUCGCUAGAAUGGCGCAAAUUAUCGCACGCUCGAGAUUGGGAGAACCACUUCAACUGCGUCACUUUGGCAACGGAGACAUUAUCGAUUGGUAA